CAAAUAUAGGCCACAAGAAAACACUGCCAACACGAGUAAAAGAUCACACUAGCAACUAGCAAGUGGGAUAAAUUAUAGCGAAGCAUAAUACACCUUGAAGAUAAUAGGCCACUAUGUCUUCUCCCUCUUCUUCCACUAACGAUACCACUUCCAACUUUAUCACUAUCUUUGAUAAUGGAACCUAUUCCACUGUCCUCCUCAAUAUCAAAGCAGAAGAUUUCUCUUCUGAUUCUAAAACAACCUCCCCAUCAAAACCGCUUAUUAUCGCGACGCCAUCUUGUUCAGAAGGUGGCGAAUUUCCUGUGUUGUUGAUGCUUCAUGGAUAUAUCUUAUACAACCAUUUCUACUCCCAGCUUAUUAAACAUAUCGCUUCUCAUGGCUUUGUCGUUAUAGCUCCACAGCUAUACACUAUAGCAGGAGCAGAUUCAAGUGACGAAAUCAAAGACACAGCAGCUAUCAUAGACUGGGCAUCAAAAUCGUUAAAAAAUGUUCUUCCAUCGAAUGUACGGCCAAAUUUGGACAAGCUUGCAAUAUCUGGCCAUAGUCGUGGAGGUAAAGUAGCAUUCGCUCUAGCCUUAAAGAAAGUGACAACAUCUCCGUUGAAAAUAUCAGCUUUAAUAGGGAUUGACCCAGUUGAUGGAAUGGGAAAGAAAAACCAAACACCACCUCCAGUGUUAACUCAUCUUCCACAAUCUUUCAAACUCGAUGGAAUGCCUGUACUCGUUAUUGGUUCGGGAUUUGGUGCAAUAAAGAAAAAUCCAUUGUUUCCUCCGUGUGCACCGGAGGGUGUAAACCACGAGAAUUUCUACAAUGAAUCUCAAAAUCCUGCAUGGUAUUUUCUUGUAAAAGAUUAUGGUCAUCUUGACAUGCUAGAUGAUUGUACGAAGGGUGUGAGGGGAGUGUCCACUUACUGCUUGUGUAAGAAUGGGCAAUCUAGAGAGCCUAUGAGAAAAUUUGUUGGAGGGGUAAUAGUUGCCUUUUUGAAUGCUUACUUAAAGGCAGACGAAAGCAUGCUGGUUUCUAUCAGAGAUGGGGAGGAAACAAUUCCAGUGAAGUUUGACAAGGUUGACGUUCGUUUGUAAACUAGCUUCUUAUAAUCUUGUUAUUGUAUAUGUUAACUAGUUUGUGCUUUAUGAUAACAGAAUGUGUAGUAGAAUUGAAGUGCUAUAGAUAUCUCAUAAAUGUUAAAAGUGGUAAAGUUCUUUGAUUCUAUUGUUGAA